AUGUCGGUGCUGGCUUUGCAAGAAUACGAAUUCGAGAGGCAAUUCAAUGAAGAUGAAGCCAUUCGAUGGAUGCAGGAGAACUGGAAGAAGUCUUUCCUCUUCUCUGCACUCUACGCUGCCUGCAUACUUGGUGGGCGGCAUGUAAUGAAACAAAGGGAGAAGUUUGAAUUGAGGAAACCUUUAGUUCUAUGGUCUUUAACACUUGCAGCCUUCAGUAUAUUUGGUGCCAUCAGAACCGGAGGCUACAUGAUGAACAUCUUGAUGACCAAAGGCCUAAAGCAGUCAGUGUGUGAUCAGAGUUUCUACAAUGGACCAGUCAGCAAGUUCUGGGCCUAUGCUUUUGUCCUCAGCAAGGCACCUGAACUAGGAGACACACUAUUUAUCGUCUUACGGAAGCAGAAACUGAUUUUCCUGCACUGGUAUCAUCACAUCACAGUUUUGCUCUAUUCCUGGUACUCCUACAAGGACAUGGUGGCCGGCGGGGGCUGGUUCAUGACCAUGAACUAUCUGGUGCACGCCGUCAUGUAUUCGUACUACGCUCUUCGGGCCGCCGGCUUCAAAAUCUCUCGCAAGUUUGCCAUGUUCAUCACCCUGACGCAGAUCACCCAGAUGGUGAUGGGCUGUGUGGUCAACUACCUGGUGUAUUCGUGGAUGCAGCAAGGCCAAGAGUGCCCGUCCCACGUGCAGAACAUCGUGUGGUCGUCCCUCAUGUACCUCAGCUACUUUGUGCUCUUCUGCCAGUUCUUCUUCGAAGCCUACAUCACCAAGACCAAAUCCAAUGCAGCAAAGAAAAGCCAAUAAAUCAAGAAAAUGAUUUAAAUUUAAUCACAGAGAGGUGGGGAAAACUAAAUGGACCAGUGAUUGGUAGUGGAUGGAUGAGUCUUUAAAGUUAGGGCUUAAGAACUUGCAGAAGAAAGAAGCAAAGACCAUGAGGGGCUACUAUCAAAGCUUGUGCAUACUGUACUACUAACGUAUAGAGAUAAACCUCCCCGCCACUAGGGAAGCUCUGUUGAGCUGCACUGAGAAAUCAUUACGAUUAUAUCAGUUGAACAAAAACAAAUGUGUCUUUAUGUAAUGUAUAUGUGCCCAAUACAAUUAUCUGUAUUUAAAAAAGAAAAAAAAGUGUAUAGAUUAAAAAAAGGGAUGCAAAAUAAAUUAAAACAGAAUUAAGAAGUCGUCAAAAUGGACUGGGAAUAUUUUGAAAAAGGAUCUUAUAUGGAUAGAGUUCAUAAUUGUGUGGUUUUGUCUAAACAUUAAUUGUUACUGUUAUUUUUAUCGGUUAGAUAGAUUGUGUACGGUAAUUUUGUACGAAAGCCAUGUCAAUGGAAGACUGGUAAAUGUUGAGCUAAAAAUGCCACAGUGUGUUCUGUGUUCAGCGUCGCAGCACCAAAAUUCUCUCAGGUCUUACAGUUUUUUUUUCCCCAUGUGGAGUUCAUAUCAUUUUAGAAAAAAAAAGGAAAAGAAAAAAGAAAACUAAACAAAAAGGCAUAUUAGUCAAAUAGGCCUGAAAUGUUAAUGCCAUUGGAUUACUCAUACACAAGCAACCACCCAAGUAAAUAGCAAAAACAUAAAUGAAAGGGGACAAAAAGACCAAUGAAGGCCAUUUUGAGAGGACACUGGGGCCAAAUGAUCAUUAGAACACCAGAGGCCCUUCUGGAGUAUGAAUCAUCGGACCUCUCUGAAUCUGCGUUUGUUCUGACCUCUGAAAGACCUGGUCUUCUUCUUCUCAUGGCUUAAGGUCAUCAUUAUCACAAUCCAUUCCAAAGGCAGACGGCACAGAGAGUCUAGCCCUGCCUAAAGGACCAUGAAGUCAAACAUACUUAAACAAAAAGUCUAUAUCACUGUAACAAAUCAGAAUAAUCUCUGUCACUGAAUGGUGUCCAUUGUGCUCUUGUGCAUUUGCACUGUGUACAUGUAAAGCAUCUAUAGACGAUUUUAACAAAGAGCCAAGAGUGCUGAAAUA